CAGGCGUCCGGGCCGUCUCUUCGGUAACUCACCCUCGAGCCAACCCUGAUUGCCGGAUAGAGGCUUACAGCAGACCGAGUCCUCAGUGUCGUGAACUUAUCUUACCUAAGCCGUUGAUCAGCUUCCUCCCCUUACACAUCACUUCAAGUUGUUACCACUGGUGAUCGCGGCUGCAAGAAAAACGAUCUUCCUACGCCAGUAUCGCGCAACUUCAAGGAGGGGUGUAAGUUGUCAGAGUCAACUUGCAGCGUUGACUGGGGAAGUGCCCCCCCCAAAGAGCCUCACUCCCUGCUGUCAGCUCGUCUCCACGUUAGUUUCUCCCGACCGACCCGUCUUGAGGAGCCGAAGCAGACCACAAACCACCCAUUCCCAGUCUGACGAGUCUGAGUGGACAAGUCAAGAUGAGAUUCCUCUGCCUCCCUGGAGCUUAUGGCAGCUCUGAUAAAUUCCAGGUGCAGUUGGCACCGUUUGUGAAGGAACUUACCGAAGACGGAUCGGCCACAUUUCAUUUCAUCCACGGGCCUUGCAAGGCGGUGCCUCCAGAGGGCUUCGAGGAGUACUUUGGGAAGCCACCGUAUUUCCGCUUCAUCGAACCGGACAGGGAUGUGGAAAAGACGCAUCAAGACGAUGUCUUGGCCAGAAUCCGGGACUUUCCGGAUUGCGAGACGCCCGAAGACACCAUGCGGGAACUGAUGCGAGAAGGCAUCGCGACUACGCACCGGAGCACCGACAAUGCGCUCAAGUAUCUGCUCAGAAUCAUGCAGGAGCGCGGCCCAUUCGACGCCAUCAUCGGGUACUCGGAAGGCGCCACAGUAGCCGCCACGCUUCUCCUCCAUGAACAGCGAAGGUUCAAGAAAAAGGGAAUCAAACCCAUGUUCAAGUACGCAAUCUUCUUUGCCGGAUGGCCUCCGGUCGACCCGGACACACAUGCAAUGAUUCUGAGUGACGAGUCGGACGCCACGAUUGAGAUCCCGACAUGCCAUAUCAUUGGCUCGCUCGAUCCCUAUGUGCACGGGUCUUUGGCGCUUUACAACGUCUGCGAUCCGGACACCGCUUAUUUGUUCGAUCAUGCGAAGGGCCAUACCCUGCCGCGUGACAGGGAGACGGUCAAGGAGCUUGGAGAUGUUGUUCGAGGCGCCAUCAAAACCUAUGGCAUUCACUGAUAUGCCUGGCGUUCUGAAUUUCUUCGUUCUAUUAGGAACAACAUCGCAUUCCAAUAUUGAGCCUUAGAGUAAAUAGGUUUCUAGGCCUCGUGUUCCGGGUUCUCCAUACGAAUGUACUUCAUUAUUAUUGAGUAGUCGGUCAAGAUUCACCGAGUACCGACUCUGAGGUAGCACUAAGACUGUCUCGGUCACCGACCUGGUGUCUCUUUCUCUCAGCUGAGCCACAUGCCCGAGACAAAUACUCC